CCCGACUUAGAUGGCUCUGUUAUUUUUGCGGCGAGAGAAUACUGCAAUUAGUUUGGGGACAUCUGACGGCUAAACAGGAAGAUGGCGCCGGCGCCAGGUCCAGACACAGUCGAAGGAAGAAGAUAGGAAACGAGAACCAAAAUCAAAAUUUUCGCUGCUUGAAUUCGAUGAUUACUGUCACUAGAUGAACACAUCCAUUCCGGAUGGGAAAUGAACUUUUGGGUGUUAAGAGUUGCGAGGAGUCGUUCUCAUGUGUAGCAGAUACGUGUUUUUCUAAAGUUUUAAUGUCUGAUUGGUCUAAUUUCUAGCCAUUGUCAGCUUCUAAAGGUAGAAGCUGAAUUUACAAAAAUGUUUAGAACAUUUCAUGGUGUUCGUUUCCUGAGAUGGGAUUACUUUUAAUGGUGGAGGUUAAACUAGAUCCAAUCACAGACCACAACAUUAGCUAAGCAUAAUUAGUAACAACAAACUAUAUUACGACAC